CGAACUAUUGAGAAACUACAGGUGCAUCAAAUACAUUUACCUGGCGACCAGACGUCUCGCGAGAUGCCACAUAAUCGUCAAAUUCUAGUCGUGUUAGAUUGCUGAUAAGAUAUUUAUUUAUGUACAAUACAUAAUGUUUACCAGGAUUUGUUACAGGUUACCAUGACAACAUGAGGAGAAAACAAUUAGUGUCCCUGGUAGUUCUGAUCUUCCUGACAUGGAACAUUCUGAUGUAUUACUUCCUGGUUUCUAAGAAUCCAACUAAGGGAAUUGAUGAGUCGGUCAGCAAUAAGAUAAAAUGGCUACAGAAUGAUAUAGAGAAACAAAUCAGAGAUAAUGAAAAGCUACUGGAAGAUCUUCGUCAAAUACAAGAAGAUACAGUGAAGAAAGAAAAAGGGAACAAGCUGAAAACUCAUGGAGUUAAAGACACUGAUCCUGCCACACAUAAGAUAGCUGUGUUAAUGUUCUCCUGUGAUAGAACUACUGUUAGUCGCAGUCUAGACUCUUUAUUAAAAAUUCGUCCAAAAGGUGAUCGGUUCCCUAUUGUUGUCUCUCAGGACUGCGGCCACAAGCCAACAUCUGAUGUCAUACAAACAUAUGUCAAGAAAGAGAAGGGACUGGUUACACAUAUAAAGCAACCUGACCUUAGUGAUUUAAAACUUGCUUGGCCACAGAAGAAGUUCAAAGGCUACUUCAAAAUUGCCCGACAUUAUAAAUGGGCACUCGAUCAAAUUUUCUUCACUUUUAAUUAUACGGCAGUUAUAAUCGUAGAAGAUGAUCUUGAAUAUUCACCUGAUUUCUUCGACUACUUUUCUGCCACCUACCCAAUACUAAAGGCAGAUCCUACUCUAUGGUGUGUGUCAGCCUGGAAUGAUAAUGGUAAAAUUGGCAUGGUAUCUGAUGAUCCAGAAUUACUGUACAGAUCAGACUUUUUUCCUGGAUUGGGAUGGAUGUUAGAAAAACAUGUCUGGCUUGAACUUAGUCCAAAAUGGCCAGAUUCAUUUUGGGAUGACUGGAUGAGACAUCCAGACCAAAGGAAAAAAAGAGUUUGUAUACGACCAGAGAUUUGUAGGACAAGCACCUUUGGUAAAAAGGGGGUUAGCAAGGGAUUAUUUUUUGACAAACAUUUAAAAUUUAUAAAGCUUAAUGAGAAGCCAAUAGACUUUACCAAGAAAGAUUUAACCUAUUUAAUACAAGAAAAUUAUGAUCCAACAUUCCACCAAACAGUUUAUGGCACACCGUUAGCUUCUGUGACAGAUGUGAUAGCAUUGAGGAAGAAGUCACUUCCUGCUUUACGAGUUCAGUACUCAACAAAAGAAGAAUUUAAGUCGGCAGCUAAAACAUUAAAAAUAAUGGAAGAUUUUAAGGCUGGCGUACCUAGAGUUGCUUACCACGGUGUUGUUAGCUUUAUGCGUUCCGGUCAAAGAAUUUAUUUAGCCCCUCCGGAAGGGUGGAAAGGUUAUGACACAUCCUGGACGUGACAACUGCUGAACUUAGUCAUUUAUGUACAAUUGUGUGCGUCUACCAUAAACAGUGAUUGAAAGAGUUAUUUUAGUUACAUACACAUAGUUUUGUUUUUGAGCCUGAUUGGUAAACCUACCUAUUUUUAGUUGUUAGGAGAACCACCAUUUUCAGGCCACAGCUGCCAUGUCUAUUACAUGAAGUUCUGUACUCCGAACUAGGAAUCCAUGAUUUGAAAUAAAGCUAUGGUAAAAUUUAGGCAGUAAGUGUUACCCUGUUGGGUAGUUGGAGAUGGCAAAGUUUGCAUCCGUAUAAAUGUUUAUUUAUUUUAUCAGGUACCAAUUUUCAUUUCGAAUGUUAUCUGAUUACUAUAUAUAUAUAUAUAUAUGCAGCUCACUAGUAAAUAUAUAUUUGUCUUAUUCACCCUUUUCCAUUUUAUAAUCAGUAUAGUUAAGAUGUGACAUGAAUUCAUUUAUAUUCUUGGAUGCCUAUUAUUGUGGAUUGAGUCAAUGCAGUAUUAGUUAAGUAGCUCUACAGACUAGUUAGUAUGCUGUUCGUUUUAUACCGGUAAAUACAGAACAAAGACUGAACAUAUUUACUGCAUAAGAAUUGUAUGAAGUGGUCUUAAAUCAGUCCAAUGGAUGUUACUGAAUUUUUACUGAAUUACAGAAGAAGGCAUAAUAAUUUUUACAUGGUCAUUUCAGUUAAGUUAAGUAAUGACUUAAUUUUAUUGUUUUAUUUGAAGUGAGUUGAACUCUUUACAAGAAGGCAUUCUAACUUUGAUGAUCAGGGUAACCACAAAUUUAAAUGUACAAAUAAGGGUUUUAAUUGAAAUAGCGUUUGUAAGAGGAAUUUGGCAAACAGCAACAUCAAACAUCAUAGAACAUAAAAGCAUGUGUCUCAAUCCACUAACAUUAGUAUCCAAGAAUAUAAAUAAAUUCAUGCUAUCUUAUUAUCUGCACUAUAUUUUUUGCACUUCAGCUAAUGAUUAUUUUUGCAAUCCACCAGUCCAUUGUAAUAAUUGGUUUGUAGUUCAUUCCCUUUAAUUAACACAAACUUUUAUAUUUAAUAUUUAUGUUUGGAAGUAAAACAGUUGUUAUUGUAUGAGUGAAUUGUUAUGUUUGUUUUCUUUAUGAUUUGUUGUAAUAAUGAUAUAUCUGUAUCGUAUAGAUUGGAUCUUGUUAGUGAUAAGUUAUUGUAUGAAGCUACUUGAGUGAUCUGAGCUUUCUGAGUGAGAGUAUGAGAAUGUAUGUAAUCAUGAGUCAUUUCUGUUGCCUUGGGAAGCAGCAAUAAACAGAUUUUCAUUUAGAAUGUUUCUUGGCUACCCCCUCAAUGAUAUUGUUGCUGAGAAAUACCAUCAAUAAUCUAUAAUUCCAUCACAACUAGAAAGUGGCAAUGUUAUUUUAUUAUGUUAUCUGUCAAUCUGUGAUUGAAAAUUUUUGUAAAGAAAUCCAAGGAAUUUUUUAUGCUACAAUUAAUCUUGUAUUGUUAAAUUAUGUACUUGAAAUUUUUUAACAAUGAGCGGUUGUAUCCUUACUAUUAUGAAAAAAGUGAACAGAUAGAAAUUACUGUAACUGACAUUAACAUCAGGUUGCAAGAAUGUUUUUGAAAUUAGAUAUUUUUUCUAAUAAUGAUUCACCCCCAAAAAAUGUCCUGUUUUAUUCAUUCAUACAUAAAAGUCACAUGCACCUUUUCAUUUCAUACAAACAUUAAACUGUGUCUUGCCACCGAGUUAAUGACAUAAACAGUACCACAAUUUCUGCACCUGUAACACAAUGCUAUCAUUAAUGUCUCUUCAGGGCCAAAAUAUGGUUAAAUCCAAAACAAGACCAAAAAUGUAGUCAAAGUCAGGUAACAAAUCAGAGAAUCAAAGCUUUGCAUUGGGGAAAUAUAGUCCUUAUUUUGUAAUAAUUUCCAAAAUUAUGUAACAGCAAUUCUUACAACACUAAAUCCGUAUUUUGAUGUAGUUAUCUAAGUUCUGGGUUAGAGGUAUCAUUACUGGUAUUAACAGUAUAAAGUCUUCUGAGGUAGAUACUUGUUAGUAUGAAUAGAAUGUUACUUUAGUUAAAACUCAACAAUGACAUAUGUUUUAAUUGUUGAUGGAAAUCUACACAUUGUUUUCCUGAUAACUUACCUAUAACAUUCCCAAUUGUAUGUACAUAUGUCUCUCUGUGAUCAUCAUGUGAUUGUCAUGUGAUCGUCAUGUGGCAACAAGAAAGUCUCAAUGUGAUUUUACUGACUAGGUAUAUCUUAUCAGAAAUGUAAUAAAUUUUCAAUUAAACAAUGUUGUAACUAUAAACAUCACCAUGACAUGUAUAAGAUAAUUCUUACACUAGGUGAAAGUUGGUUAGAUAAUAUUAAAUACAAUUUGUAUACUCAACAUUUGAAAAAAGAAGCCAAAUGUUUUGAAAAGAUUGACAAACUGAAGUAUGAAGUAGGUUUUAUAGAACUUUUUGGUUUUAUGGCACUUUUGGGUUUUGUGCUACAUUUGAACUUGAAGAUCUAGAUGAAAUCAAUUUAUAUUAAUUUUUCAAUUGAUAAAUAAGUAAAGUCCUUUUUUAUGAUCAUGUUGAUGUUUAAUUAGAGGAAAAGUCCUUCAUGCAUC